UCGCAAGCUGCGGCCCACAAUUACGAGACGGGUCUCGAGUUCAACUUCGCAGCUGCGGGAAUAACUGCCCACGGUGGCAGCAAGACGGGCCGAGAACUGAUUGAAGGCUGGGCGUCAGGUGACAACUCAGUUAACCGACGCAUCAAGCUGGCACCCGCAUAUGUUGUCAUGUGCAGGUAUCUCCAGGCUCACGGCACUGGUAGCUUAUGGUUCCUCUCCCUCCCCUCCCCGCCCCAUAUGGUGGUUAAUUGGCCCCUUUCCCCUAUAAAUGUUGCUUGCUUUCGUUGCUAA